AUGUUCACGAAAUGGAACGGCACGGUGAACGCGCUAAUGCUCGGGCGACGACUCCGAGUCCUCACGGUACCUUUUCUCGAACGGCUCUAUUUUAUGGCAGAUGUUGUGACGAUGGAUGUCAGCAUAGCAACGAAUAUCACAGAGACGAUCCUUAGUAUUCGAGCUGCUACCAUUGACCUGCACUCGUUAUGUAGCCCAAUGACCGUGGUCGACCAACGUUGGCUCCGACCUGAUCUUUAUUGGCAGGACUCCUGA